UGCUGAUCUAUUAAUCUCUCAACAAUCUCUAUUAUGCCACAAUCCAACAUUAUCUUCUCAUCUAGUUUUCUCUGUGAUGGCUAGAUUAUGUUCUAAUUCCUUGCAUUAGUUACAAAAUCUGUGAGGUUGAUCCCUUUAAGAUUGCCUAGAGAAUAAGUAUACAUGAUGCUCAAAUGGCAACAAGGCUUUAGAAUUAUUAGUUAUUCUGGAUACUUCUCAGAUUUAUAGCAAUAUGGCUCUAGAGCCUAUGACUAUAGAUAACUUUCCUGUAAAAACACCCUAUUGGGAUCAAGGAUGUAGAAUAUAAGAGAUAAAAAUUACUAAAUUCGAAUAGGACCUGAAUUUUCUAAUGAUUGAAAAUAUAGAAUGGAUACAAGAAAGCUCAAUAAACUUGAGAAUCAAUAUUCCCAGUCAUAUGAUGAAGAAGGAGAAUAUUAUGAAGAAAAUGAGCCUGAUGAACUUUUACAGGAGAAUACCGAAGAUUUACAACCAGAUGAAGAAGCAAUGGUGGUAAACGAAGGAAAAUCAGCUAAAAAUAAAAUAACCAGCUUAAUAACCCAGGUAGAGAAGGGUUCCUCCCAACCUAACUAUCAACAAAAGGAUGAAAUGAGUGAAGACUUCUUUGUUGAAGAUGAAAUUGUUGUUGGCCCACAAAGAGAAUCUGACAAAGGAAAGAAAACACUCUGAUUAGAUCUCGAUGAAACUCUAGUCCAUUCAAGCUUUCAGUAUGUAGAAGGAGCCGAUCUAGUCCUUCCUGUUGAAAUUGAUGGAAGUGUCUGAGAAGUUUAUGUAUUAAAGAGACCAGGAGUUGAUGAGUUUUUAAAAUAGAUUACAUAAACAUUAUGAACUUAUCAUAUACACAGCAUCUCUCUCGAAAUAUGCAGAUCCGUUACUCGAUUGGCUUGAUCCGAAGAAUUACUGAGCUUAUAGAUUGUUCAGAGAGCAUUGUACUUAUUAUAACGGGAUAUUCGUCAAAGAUUUAUCAAGGAUAGGUAGACCUCUGAAAGACAGUAUGAUUAUCGAUAACAGCCCAACAUCUUACCUUUUUCAUACUGAUUGUGCUAUCCCGACAGUGUCGUGGUAUGAUGAUCAAAGUGAUAAAGAAUUAUACCAACUAUGAGCUAUAUUAGAAAAAAUUUCAAGAGUCGAUGAUGUGAGACCAGUUUUGAGCCAAUUCAUUAGUAAUAAUACUGUAAACUUUUCUGAAGCAGAAAAAAUUUUGAAAAUAGGGGGGCCAGUAGAUCGACCAAAGAGUCAGAUACCAAGCAAAGGUUCAAGAAACCAAUCAUCUCCAAAGCAACAGAAAGAUCCUCACAGAGUUAGACCAGCAUUUACUCAAGAUGAAAGAACAAAAAUGAUGAAAGCUAACAAUCAUAGUGAAUCAAGGACCACUGACCAGAGGCCUCCGAAGAAGACCUUGAUGACAAACACCUGGGCUCCUAGUAAUAAUAAUCUCGCAGAACAAUUCCAAAAAUUUACAAUGAUGAAUCAGUACAAAGCAAUGGGGUUAAAUAACAUUAACAAUGAGAUGCAAAAGUUGUUAUCAGAGACUCUCUCCUCUAAAAAUCCUGAAGGUAGAAACUACAUGAAGGACUCCAGAAGAUCCUCUAAGCGUAGUAGAAGUAGAGGGCAUAGAGCUAAUCGCAAAUCUCAUCAUAGUAAGAAGCGAAAGAGUCCUUCGAGAGGAAGAAACGAUCCGAAUCACAUAAUGCUGAAUUUUAUGAAGCAAAGUUUGAGGUCUUCUAAAAGUAAGCACAGAAAGAAUUAUUCUAAUAAUAAUGAUACCCUUAACAGAAGUUGUAAGAGAAGCCGGAGUAGAAGAUCUCGUGCAAACAGCACUCCUAAGAAAGGAAUGAAGUACCAAAGUAUGUUUAACCGUAAAGCAGGAAGUACUAGGAUCAGUAGAAAAGGAUCUGCAGUUAAUUCUAACGAAAGAUGUGCUUCUCCGAAAUCAAAGAGAAAGAAAGCAUCCAUGGAUUACGAUUUUACCAGUACUAAUAGCUUUACAAAUAUGUUGACAAAGGACUUAAGACCUAGCUAUGGAGUUAAAUCAAGACCUAAAGGAAUGAGUAAAAAGUCCUCCCUAAUUGAAAGCAUGAUUGGAAAUGCCAAUAGAGCAAGAGAUAGAGCAAACCAAAUGUACUCAGGACUAACAGUACACACUCCCACACCUGGAAGCACAAAUGGAUUUUUGAAUGAUAGCAAGCUUGGAAGAGAACUUCUUAUGAAAAAUGCAAAUAACAACCACCAGCAUGCUUAUAAAUUAUCUUCUACUGGGAGAGGUAAAACUCCUCAUCAGAAGCCAGGGUCUCCAAAAAGAAGGAAACAUAGUGGAGGCAAAAGGUCUCAUAGCAGGCCGAGAAGCAGUAAGCACGGUGGGCAUUCAAGACCAACCAAUUUUCAGGCAAAAUUUUUCGAUCCAAGACAGUUGCUGAAUUGAUAUAACAUGAGCUAAGCCUACUAGAUUAAAGGUUUCAAAUAAAA